AUGUCAAGAUUUGUCCCUGGACAUUUCAGUGACUGCCCUCCAUGCUCGGAAGAGGGCCUGAGCCACCCCAAAUGCCCUCAGGACACAGGGCAGAAAAACCUUGUGCUCAGCGAAAUCCUGCAAGUUUUUGUCAUUAAAUACGCGCCAGACCCACCCGAUGAUAUCGUCCAAGCCUUAGGUGAGGAGCCAGGCCAACUAGAACAACCCCAGGAUCUGGGAGACACAAACUUGGUUAUCAGUAAAGUGCUACUACAAAUCACUGCCAACAAUUCUUUGUUGGACCAGCUCCAUGACACCCUCCCAGCCUCGGGCGAGGAGUCCAGCCACCCAGAACACACCCAAGACCCAGGACAGAUACACUUCAGUGGGGUGCAACAAGUCGUCAUCUCUUUUCCUGGUGACAAUAUCCCUGCCGGCUUUCAUGCGGUAGUCAAGGCUGACAGUGCUGAAUAUCAGACAAGUAAUCAAUCUGUACACGUAGACCAGGCUGUUGUCGAAUGGCAUGAGCACAUUCUUCUGUCAGCGUGUAUGCCUCAUUUGAAUUGGAUCCAAUGGUCUGUCACGGAGAACUCCUCUGUACAUUCGAGAUCUCAGUCAGAGAAUUACUGGAUCGCAGCGAAAGGUCUCAUCAUGCUAACAAGUAUUACAGCCAUAAUGUUUCAGCCAAAGCAGGAGGACAUCGUAUCCGCUUGUACUUCACUGUUCAUGAUGGUGGAGCAGCGGCUUUCUGAUCAAAAUGACGGCGGUGUCCUUUGUUCCCUUACUACUGCGACAUCUCGUGAUAUGGAUGGGUUAGCAGUAAGGACAGAUUCUGGACAUCGUCUUCUUGCACGAUACCGCAGGAUGCAGAAUAGUACGGAUCUGGACCAAUCCAUCAGCCACUUCGAAUGGGCCUCAGACCUCUGCCCUGUGGAUCAUCCCUACCACCCUGCAACACUGUUCAAUCUAGCCAUGACAAAAUUUAUCAGUUGCCUAGCUAAUGGAAGAUACCUCGACCUCAACAUACCUAUCUCUCUUUUUCAAGACACACUUGAUUUGCGUUCUGCUGGUCAUUCAGACCGACCCAUGACCCAACUCCAUCUCGCCAUUUCUCUACUCUCUCGCUUUGUGAGGCGGGGAUUUCAAACAGAUGCGGAUAUGGCCGAAGAGUUACUGAGCGAUGUGCUGGAUGCCUGCCACCCCGAUAGUCACAUUUACAGAGCAGCUUUGAUUGCAAUCGAAACAUCCGCUAUGCAUAGAAGCAUGGAUGCAAAUGAUCUUCAGCAGGAGGGGCCUGCCACAUCCAUACUUCCAUUGUCACCAAAUCAACUUGCUCAUCGAGCAGAGCGGUGUUUGCAGAGAGAUGAACCACGUGACUUAGAUGAAGUGAUAUCCCUUCAUUGUGAUGCACUGGUGUACUUCAAGACCGGACAUGCUUACCGAGGGCAAUUGCUAGGCAAUCUGGCUGCUAUCGCACUUCAGAGGGAAGUGCUGGCCUUGCGCCCUGUCAGUCACACAGAUCGGUCCAAGUCAUUAAAUAACCUCGCAAAUCAACUCUCCUCCCGCUUUGACCGCCGAGGCGACAAUGAAGACUUGGAUGAAGCUAUCGCACUUCAGAGGGAAGUGUUGGCCUUGAGCUCUGUCGGUCACACAGAUCGGUCCUCGUCAUUGAAUAACCUUGCGAAUCAACUCUCCUUCUGCUUUAAACACCGAGGCAAUGACAAAGCGCUUGAUGGCACUGGUGGGGGCAAAGAUACGGAGUCUCUGAAUGGUGCCAUGCAUUAUUUCAAGGAAGCAGUAAAUGUUGUUUCUGGAGGCUUGCUAUCCCGCCUGCGAACAAGUUUACUUUGGGUUCACCGUGCUGAUCAACACAGACAUCAUACUCAACUAGAGGCUUAUAUGACUUCUAUGCAACUUCUGGAUGCUUACAUGUCUAAUGCGGCUGCAGUAUCAUCUCGUCACAAUAUUAUAAAGGACUUCCCGAGUACACUUGCCGUCGAUGCUGCAUUGUGUGCUCUUUGUAGUGGUGAUGUUUGUCGUGCUGUUGAGUUGUUGGAACAGGGCAGGACCAUCAUCUGGACCCAGAUGACACGACUCUGCACCCCUCUUGACAGCCUCCAGACCCAUGGUGAUCAUGCAGUGGCCUUAAUGAAGAGGUUCAGAGAUCUCAGCUCUCUCCUUGAUAAACCUCCCGUGAGCCAUGCAGAAGGGACUCCAAUAGUCAAUACGGAAGCAGAAGAAACCUGGUACAGACAUCUAGUAAAGGAGUGGAAUGAAGCUGUAGAAGAGAUCUGGAAGAUCGAGGGCUUCUCCCGCUUCCUCCUUCCCCCCUUAUUCUCAGAUCUUCAAAAUGCAGCUCGUGAAGGGCCCAUCAUCAUUCUUAUCACAAGCGAGCUGUCAUGUCAUGCCAUCAUCAUCCUGCACAAGCAACCUCCAACUGACAUUCAGCUCCCUACCGAUGUGUGGAAACUCGUUCAAUUGGUGAACGCACUCCAAAAGGCGGUUCGCAAAGAGGCCGAUCCUAAUGGCAACCAAAUGGCGCUGACAAAAGCUUUGAGAGAGUUGUGGGACAAUGUCGUCUGUCCAGUGGUUGAGAAUUUGGAAGGAUUUGCAAAAAGAGGUUCUCGCAUAUGGUGGUGUCCGACGUCUCUAUUCAAUUUCUUGCCAUUGCAUGCUGCUGGCGAGUAUAGGCCAAAGGGAAAGUCCGUUUCACAGCAGUACAUAUCUUCAUACAUGCCAUCUCUCACUGCACUGAUCAAGGCUUGCGCAAGUCAUGUCAAGUCCCUGUCGGUUCUCUUCGCUGCCAUUGGUCAGGAUUGCCCAGCCGGUGCCGAAUCCACUUUGUAUGCUGUGGAGCCUGAGCUGGAAUUGGUGCAGAGACUUUUGCCCCCUCCCCCAAUUAUUUUGUUCUCCAAGAUAACCAGCAUUGAGGCCACUAGAUCAAGAGCACUGCACGCAUUGCAAGACAAUACAUGGCUCCAUCUCGCGUGUCACGGCACACAGAAAAUUGUCAAACCCUUCAAGUCAGCCUUUCUCAUGCGCGACAAGCCGCUUUCGCUCCUCGACAUCACACAGAUGGAUCUGUCUCGGCAUGAAUUUGCAUUUCUUUCUGCCUGUCAAACUGCAGUCAGUGUCCCUACAACACCAGACGAAGUGAUAUACCUAGCAGCUGGCCUGCAAUUUGCAGGGGUCAACAGCAUUGUGGGGACAUUGUGGAAAGUUACCGACAACACCGUGCAGCACUUGGUGGAGGCAUUCUACAAAAACAUGCAUGGGGAUGGUCCAAUGAAUUCCAAACGAGCUGCCUGGGCUCUGCACCAAGCAGUCCAGUCGUUGGCUUGUGACAAGAACAUUCCAAUUCCCUUGGACCAGCGCAUAGUGUUCAUGCAUAUUGGCAUAUGA